AUGGCGGAUCUCCCAAAGGAGCGAUUGGAUGGAUCUCAUGCAUUUGAAGUCACUGGUAUUGACUUUUGUGGACCAUUCUUUUACAAGCCGGAAGUGCGAAACAAGGCCCCAGUAAAAUGCUACGUUUGCGUCUUUAUCUGCUUCGCAACAAAGGCCAUUCACUUGGAGUUGAUCAGGGAUCUCUCAACGGUAUCAUUUCUGCAUGGCCUCAAGAGAUUUAUAUGCACCAGAAGGAGACCGGGGCAGAUUUGGUCGGACAAUGCAACGAACUUUGUGGGUGCACGCAAUGAGCUGCUUGAGUUGAGACGCCUGUUCCUCAGCGACGAGCAUCAGAAAGCGACGUUGGAUUUUUGCCUAGCGGAGCUCAUUGAUUGGUGCUUUAUUCCUCCCAGAUCGCCACAUUUUGGCGGUCUCUGGGAAGCUGCGGUGAAGACGGCGAAGUACCAUUUCUACCACGCUAUUGGGCCUUCAGUGUUGACCUUCGACGAGCUGCGGACUCUUCUGUGCCAUAUUUCGGCAGUAGUUAACUCUCGGCCUUUAGUCUCAAUUUCAGAAAAUCCCGCUGAUCUGAAGGUGCUAACGCCAGCCCACUUUCUGAAUGGUGACCCACCAUCCUCAUUCAUCGAGCCGGAUGUGACCGCCCUUAACUUCAAUCGGAAUGUUUAG